AUGAAAACUGUUUCAGGAAAAGUCAUAUCUACAAAGACAAUCUCUCUCUCCAAAUCAGCCAAAGUUCUCUCCAACUUCGUCUCCGCCGAGACCGGAGGUUCCCAAGCAGUGUCCUCAUACCUGACUCGCGCUUCGGCUUCGUUCAACGCUUUGGUUCAGUUCCACAAAGAGCUCAAGAACUCCAAGUUCGAUCACAUAGAGAGUCCAAACAACGAAAACCCAGUGAAGUAUGAGCAUAAAUCUGAAGAAAACGAAGUGGGUUUGACCGUUGAAGACAGUGUGGGAAGUCAUAGUGCGAGAAAGACGCAUAAACAGAGCAGGAAAAAGAAUGAUAGUUUUGUGAUUGAGGAGGUCGGAGAGGGUUUUGUUUUGGAGAGCAGGCAAUGGCUAAGGGCUUGUUUGGGUAUGGUUGUUAUGAUAGACAUUAAUGCAAAUUGUUUGGUGGAUUUUGAAUGGCAAUCUCUAGAUAAACUGCAAUUUUGUAAUGGAUGA